UUUUAUUUAUCUUUUAACGUUGUUUUUAAGGAGGAACAAGAAAUGGAAUGAGCAAGCAUCCAAAGGAGCGUAAUUUACGCAUUCAAGGCUAGUUAGUGUGCGAGUCAACUAGAAUCUCAAAACGUUUGCUGCAGUCGCAGAACGAAGCCGGUCGAAAGAGAAACAUGAAAUAAAUAUCGGAUUUCAGAAGCGGAGAGAAAACAAAAAAAUUAUACCGAAACGAAGAUGGAAUUCGAUCGGUUGUGGUUUCUUCUUCUGCUGCUGUUGUUCCUUGUUCCAAGGAUGAGGGCGUGCAGGGAAAACGAAUUCUUUUCUUUUUGGUUCAUGAAUUGGCAGACGUGCGACGAACCGGAAGCCGUUUUGCAGUAUUUGAUAUACGAGCCCGGAUGCUACUGCCAGACGGGCUUCUUCUUGGACAAGAAAGUGAGGGAAUGCAGAUUGUUGGAGGAUUGCAGCAGGAGGAAUGAAAGGUUUCUCUCGGUAAUUCCUGGUGACGGGAGAAACUAUACAGAGGUUUCAGCUGCGAACGAGGAGGAAGUAGUUUCUUGUCCUGAAAAUGAGGAAUUCAUGUGCGGUUGCGGAAGGAGCUGUCGGACGAGACACGAAAAGUGCGUGGUCUGUCAAAAUGGGUGUCACUGCAGUCUGGGUUAUGUGCGAGACCAUAACAAAACGUGUAUUCCGAUGAAGGAAUGCCCCGAACAGCAACCGACUAGGAUAAUCAGACGGUUCCUGUUAAUCCGAUAGGUUACAUUUUGAUAAAUUGUUAAAAGGUAACAAAAAAAUAUAAUCAGGGAUGCCAAGAUAAAAGUCUAACUAUCUUUAUAAGGAGUGUGAUAAAAGAAGCGUUAACAUUUUGAUUUUAGAUAAAUAAGUAAAUAAAUUUAUUAUUGAGGAAACAAAUAAUCAUUAGGUAAACUAAUAUGGCGGUCAUUCAAAAUGGUAACGCUUUUUUUAUGACAACCCGUAUAUUCACCUAUGUAAUAUAAAAUAAUUU